GUGAGGGUGCGUCGCACCGGGUUCUCUCGGCUCUUCCGAGCAAAAUGCUGCACUCGAGGAAGGAGUGACGAGUUGUUUUUUUUUCCUUUUCUUGUUUUCAUUUCCUUUGCUGGAGCGCCUCGUGUUAUGGAUCAGAGCAUCGCAUGCUCGUUCUCUCGCUCCUUCUAGGUUCCCUGGCGUCGCCGCUCCAUCCUGAGGAGAGAGAAGGGAUGCCGGAGACACGCUCCUGAUUCUGAACAUCAUCAUCCCUGUCUACUACAUAAAGUACCACCUAUCCUGACACCCACCGAGCCCUGCACACCCCUGCUGGCGCUAUGACUACCUCAGCCCUGCGGCGGCAGGUAAAAAACAUCGUCCACAACUACUCAGAGGCCGAAGUAAAAGUGCGUGAGGCGACCUCUAAUGACCCCUGGGGUCCAUCCAGCUCUCUGAUGUCGGAGAUCGCCGAGCUGACAUUCAGUGUUGCUGCUUUUAGCGAGGUCAUGGCCAUGGUGUGGAAACGCCUCAACGAUCACGGCAAGAACUGGAGGCACGUCUACAAGGCCCUGACCCUGCUUGAUUACUUGGCUAAGACCGGUUCGGAGCGCGUAGCGCAGCAAUGCCGUGAAAACGCCUUCACCAUUCAGACGCUUCGUGACUUUCAGUUCGUGGACCGGGACGGGCGCGAUCAGGGCGUGAACGUGCGAGAGAAGGCCAAGCAGCUGGUAGCGUUGUUAAGGGAUGAGGACAGGCUCCGUCACGAGAGGGCACUGGCGCUCAAGACCAAAGAGCGGUUAGCAAGCGCAGGAGGAGGAGGAGGUUCAGGCACAGCACCUGCUUCAUACCCCAGUAGGAGGAGCAGCCAGCCAAGCAUGGCAGCACUGUACGGAGAGGAGUUCAGCCGCUCCAGAGGGUCUCCAUCCUCCUUUACCUCAUCCCCCUCGUCUCCAAGAGCCUCUGAUCUGGAGCACUCACGGCCUCAAACCAGCGGAGAGGAAGAGCUGCAGCUACAGCUGGCACUUGCGAUGAGUCGAGAGGAGCAGCGCAAAGGUCAGGAUGAUGAAACCCAAGAUGAGAAAGCUGUAGAUAUGAGCAGGAGAGGCAGUGACUCUAGACAUGGGGAGUCAGCCAUGAUUCAUCUAGUCGAUAUAUUUGGACCAUCUGGGCCAUCUGGACCAUCUGGACCAAUUGAACAAUCCGACGCACCAACCAGUGAUGAUCUCUGGGAUGCCCAGCCCUCCUGCCCUGUAACUUCUGAUCCCUGGGAGUCUGUUUCUGUGGUUAAUACCAGUACACCUGUAGUUGGAAGUCCUUGGAAAUCCCACCCCUCUUCCAGUAGCCCAGAUCAUCAGUGGGUUAAGACCCAAUCUCCUCUGGACCCAUGGGGAGGACUGCCCACUAAGACCACAUCUAAAGCCUCAGAAAAACCCUGGAGGAGUCCUGUUCGGCCAGCCUCAGCAGGAGUCGACCCAUUUACCAUUCAUGAGGAAGAGGAACCUGGAGUCAGACGACCUAACAGUGUGUUUAGCCCUCGUUGUGAGAGUCCAGCAGAUAUAGACCCAUUUUCUGACCUGGUGGUGGGUGGGCAGGUAAACGGCAGAGUCGAGGCAAGUUCGGUGACCUUUGACCAGUCUCAUCUUGGGCCCCCACUGGAUUCAGUGACUCCCAGAAAGUGCUGCACACCUGAGGCUUUCUUGGGUCCUACUGCUGCAUCACUCAUCAACCUAGACACACUCAUUCCAUCAAAACAACAGUCUCAAACACACACACCCAACCCUGCCAAUGUACCAACCAAGAGCAAGAAUCCCUUCCUCUCAGGUCUAAGCACUCCCUCGCCCACUAACCCGUUCCACUGUGACCAGCGCAGACUAACUUUGAAUCAGAUGCGUCCGAACUCCACCUCCCCAUUGCCGGCCCAUGCUUUGCCCGGUGCUCUUCCCUACAGUGCCUCUCUUCCUCUGCCUUCAUCCCAAAAUGCACCCCAGCCUCCAGACCUACCCCCUAACCUUCCCCAGCCCUUGUUGCCCCUCUCAUCAAUGCCCCGCCUCCAAACAGCCCCCCAGCUCCAGAGCCACAGCAACAACCCUUUUCUCUGAAGGCCAAAAAAAGGUCACUUGCUCACCAUCAGAAUCAAGGCUGUUAGCUAAUACUCAGUUGGAGCUCAAGUGAAAUAUGCUGGAAUAAGCUCUGAAACUGAAUUUAAUGUUAACACUAAAAUCUGGGUUUAGCAUAUAAAAAAAUGACACUCUGAAUGUAACACAAUCUCACAUUAGCCAUUAGAGUCAAUUUACCACUGAAUUCAAGGAUACAUAUUUCGGUAUUUACACAAAUAACAUUUUAAGGUUACGGGAAAUACCUGAUUAAUAUCCGGUACUCUUUUAAUGGUGUGCUAACAGAUACUCCAUCAUCUACGGUCUCUAGCAUGCUGCUUAUGAGAUGGAGUUCAGCUGUCACGUGUUGCUUAUGAGAUGGAGUUUAGCUGUCAGCCAGCAUGGCUCUGCUCCUUGCACAACCAAACGGACCUGUCAAUCAAAAGGACACGAUGCUUUCCGAAACAAAGUGUGCAGAACCAGGCUAUAGAUCAGACGAUGGCCAAUAUUUCAGGAAUACCGACACAAACAAACACUCAGCUACUCUUCUCUUGUACCAAACUCACUUGUUUACUAUUGCCUUUGGUCUAUCAAAAUUCGCCUAUUCAGGGUCCAACGUUGAUGGUAAUUCUUGGCUUUUCCAUGUGCCUGAUUUAAUGGCCUACCCACACUGCAUCAAAAGUGAAAGGUUGGGAGGGGGGGUAGAGGGGGGCAUUAUCACACAACUUGGACCUCAGGAGCCCUGCUAACCAAAACCUGCACAACCUAAUAACUGUAUAAAAUCAGCUGUCUACACUGGGAGAAUCUUAAGUAAAAGGGACCCGAUGGGGAAAAAAAGAGGAAAAAUUAAGAUGAAGUCGGGUUCUAUGUUGUAAUGCUGAACUACCCUAUGCUGUUCUUCUAGUGAACAAUAUAUUGAUUUAUUGAUAAAUGCAAGCUUUAUUGGCUAUUGCUGAAUGAGUUUAGUGCAUCCUGUAAGGCAAACACAUCCAGGUUAAUAUUUAAUCAAGACACACGUGAUAUACAGUAUAUCAGUAAGCAACAAUAAAUGAAUGUCAUUUGCAUUUAA